CGGACAGGUGUGAAAAUGGUCAUGAUCCAGGAUGGCCCGUUGCCUACGGGAGCAGAUAAGCCUCUCCGCAUCACAGGAGACCCGUUCAAAGUACAGCAAGCAAGAGAAAUGGUAUUAGAGAUCAUCCGAGAGAAAGACCAAGCUGACUUCCGAGGUGUCCGAGGUGACUUUGGUGCCCGCGUGGGAGGAGGCAGCAUAGAGGUGUCUGUGCCAAGGUUUGCUGUUGGGAUUGUAAUAGGAAGAAAUGGGGAAAUGAUCAAAAAGAUUCAGAAUGAUGCCGGGGUGAGGAUUCAGUUCAAGCCAGACGAUGGUAUUAGUCCGGAGAGAGCUGCACAAGUCAUGGGACCCCCAGAUCGGUGUCAGCACGCGGCACACAUCAUCAACGAGCUUAUUCUUACAGCCCAGGAGAGAGAUGGCUUCGGAGGCCUCGCGGUGGCCAGAGGUCGAGGCCGUGGCCGUGGCGACUGGACUGUGGGAGCCCCUGGUGGCGUCCAGGAGAUAACCUACCCAGUGCCGGCAGAUAAGUGCGGCCUCGUCAUAGGCAAAGGGGGUGAGAACAUCAAAAGCAUAAAUCAGCAGUCAGGAGCGCACGUGGAGCUCCAGCGGAACCCCCCUCCCAACACUGACCCCAACCUGCGAAUAUUCACCAUCAGGGGCAUUCCUCAACAGAUCGAGGUGGCCAGACAUCUCAUAGAUGAGAAAGUUGGCGGGACCGGUCUCGGAGCACCCGGAGCCUUCGGACAGAGCCCCUUCAGCCAGCCACCUGCCGCCCCUCAUCAAAACACAUUUCCUCCAAGGAGCUCAGGCUGCUUCCCGAGCCUUGCUGCUAAAGUGAACGGAAACCCCCACAGCACCCCUGUGAGCGGUCCUCCGGCCUUUCUGACCCAGGGAUGGGGCAGCACCUACCAGACGUGGCAGCAGCCCACACAGCAGGUCCCAAGCCAGCAGAGCCAGCCGCCGAGCAGCCAGCCCGACUACAGCAAGGCCUGGGAAGACUAUUACAAAAAACAGAGUCACGCUGCCAGCGCCGCUCCUCAGGCCAGCUCCCCGCCGGACUACACAAUGGCCUGGGCGGAAUAUUACAGACAGCAGGUCGCUUUCUACGGGCAGACGUUAGGGCAAGCGCAGGCCCACAGCCAGGAGCAGUAGGACAACGACCUGCAGCUCUUUCCUCCCCGAAAUCAUUGUGAGCAAAAACCUAUUUGUAACAGAGGUUUUUAGAUUUGCAAACCUUUUGAUGAAGAACCUUUGUUUUGUUCUGUGAAACACUAUAUUUAGAUUAACAGGAUUUUUCUAAAAAUCGGGAAAAUUAGUUACUAAAAAUUGCUGAUAAUUUGUUUCAUUAUUUUUGUUUGUUAUUUCAAAUGUGUAAGCUCUGGGAUUCUCCCUGGAGCGAGACCUGCAAAAUUCAGGCGCCAGCGCGUGCCUCAGAGCAGUGACAUUUCAACACGGUGUGUUUGUUUUGUUUUGUUCCGUUUUGUUGCGUGUCUUUUUAUUUACAGUUUUUUCUGUUGCAACAGAAAGUGGCUUGGAAGUCUUAGGUGGUAUGUAACAAAUUCUUUUAAAAAUUUUUAAACAGUAUUUAAAUAUUCUUAAAUGUGUAAAUUCAUUAAAUGUUUUACUUCUAAUUUCAUGUUAUCUUGGCUGUCUGGUUAUAUUGCAUUUUUUAAAAAACUGAACUAUUAUGUAUUGUAAUUAAUUAUGUGAAUUCUGAAUUGAGACAGAUAAUUGUAUUGCUGUCCAACAGGGGUUGGGAGGGGGCAUUUUAUAGGGUUUGUAUAAUUUCUAGAGUGCUAAAGGGGUAAUAUAAAAACGUGUCCGUGUGUUUAGCAUACAUUUUUUAGUGUCUCCAUUACCAGUUGCAAUUGUGUAUCUAAGACCUCCAAGCUUGUUUUAAAAACAAAACAAAAAACCUUUCUCUCUUCUCUCAGAAAUAUAAAUACUGUUAUUUUUAAUAUUAAAAAGAAAUUCGAUAUAACUUUUAACAAACACUGUGGAACGUUAAACCGCGUGAAAAUGGAGUAACUGUUGUUUAAUUCCAAGAUGUUUCUUCCUUUUUUCUUUUAAAUAUUUUCUUAAUAUUUGUCAAAUUAACUAGGUGAAUAAAUAAAUCUAGUAUUAACCACCAUAUGAAUUAAAUAAUUUUGAUUUAAUAAAAGGGAUAAUAUGAUUUCCAGUGUUUACUGUAGUGCGUCUUGUACAGAUAACAUGUAUUUUUAAAGGAAAGAAAAACGGAGUCGAAGCUAUUUUUUCUUGCAUUUUUAAUUGACCCGAGGGACAUUCCGUUUGAAAUGUACCGAAGUUACAGUUUCUGGGUUUUUCUCCUUAUUUUCCUUAUAAUGCUUGAAAUGUCUAACUAUUAAAAAAAGGCAAUUGGAAAAUGUUAUGCAUGUUGUUUUAAAAAAAAAAAGUGUUCUUUUUAUUUGACUGACAAUUCAUUUUACACUCUAUAUAAUAAAAUUUCCACAAGCCGUCUUGUGGGCCAAGUA